AUGACUAAUGCUGAGAAGGAACACUACAUCAACUCUCCCGUGGCACCAGUUCCUCGUGCCUGCACUAAGUUGAUGACUCAGCUCGAUAACAAGAAUAAAUUUGCAGCUGUUCCUCUUAUCACCACUCCUCACAUGCUUCAAAUGUUCAAUGCUCCCCUGCAGCCUUAUCAACUUCAAGUGGUUCCUCCUCCUCAACAACAGCAACAGCAGCCGCAACAACCUCAACCCCUCCAGAUUCAACAACCACAGCAACAACUACAACAACACCACCAACAACAAUCACCCCAACAAUCCCAAGAAGCACAGUCAUCACACCAUUCAUCCAACCAAUCAUCAUAUCACUCCCCUACUCACCAACAACAACAUAUCCCUUCAUUUGAAGAUCAACCACAAGAAUACAUAUUCUUCGAGAAUCAACCAUCUUCAUCUGAACCACUACCACACCAAACACACUCCCAAAUCAUACCACAAACACAAUCUACCUCACAACCUCUCCACUCUGACUCUCCUAUCAACCAGGAGCUGCAGUCCUUUCGUCAGGACAUACAAGUAGCUCAGGUACUUUCUAACUUCUCAUCUAAUUUUAAUGUUGAUACGUCGGAUUAUGUUUGUGACCUUGAUUUUGUUUACCAGAUUGCUAGCAAUGAACCUGACAACACACAGGUUCAUAACCUAGCUGAUGAUUCACUUCAACCAACUCACGUUUCUCCAAACACAUCAACCAACACUUCAAUGCAACCUGUUCGUAAAGUUGCAAGGAAACGGAGUACGAGUAGUUUUCUGAGUCAACCCGCAGCUCUGUCUCCCUCAAAGAAACAAAGGGUGGAAGUCGUGGAGACAACUGCAGCCUCAUCUUUGCCUUCCCAACAAGGCUCAGAUUUUGAAAUGGCUUCCGGAGGACAAUUUGUUCCUCCACGACCUUUGAACCCAUCUCAGCGGACAUUGGUAGUCUAUACAGGUACAGCAGGAAGAGUGAAUGAACAGAGUGAUGUAAGGCAAACACCGAGCGAUACACAUGCACGUGAGGCUAGUGAAACAGCUUUGAGUGUACGUGAGGUGAGUGCACACACUGACCCUGCUCUGUUUGAGGAAUAA